AUGAAAAAAGCCGACUCUUAAGACAAGGAUAUUGAUAUCGAGUUUAUAAAAGAUUUGUUAGAGAAAGACCCUUAAAGGAGAAAUGUCAGGGAUAUCCUUUAGCUUUCAAAUGAAAUAAAAGAUAUUUCUUUCUUUAAGAAAUACUAGGAAGAGGGAUAUAAAGAUGUUCACAUUUAGUGUGCAAAAUAUAUGAAAUAUUGCUUUAUUAAGAAGGGAGAGGCUGUUUUUCACAUAGAUACAGUAGGUGAUAAAUUCUAUUUGACACUCAAAGGCAAAGUUGGGAUAUAUAUAAGAUUACCAAAGCCAGUCAAAACUGGAGAUGAGGAAUAAGAGGAAAAUAAAAAUAAUCCUCUUUAACUUACUUGUGUAAAAGAGCUUGAUUCAGGUUUUUCUUUUGGUGAAUUGGCGCUUUUAAAUAAUAAACCAAGACUAGCCACCAUUAUAUGCCACUAAGACUCACACUUCAUGACUCUUGAUAAAUUAUCUUUUAUACUAAUAUUAAAGCAAAAAGAAGAAGAAAGAUUAUUUAAGGAGAUGGGUUUCUUUGCGAAGCUACCCUUUUUUGAGGGAUGGAAUCACAAUCUUAUUAAGCACAUAUAUCUGAAUUCUUUUAGAAUUAAAUACUCUAAAAACGAAAAGAUUUUUAAUGAAGGAGAUGAACCAGCAAAUAUUUAUAUAGUUACUGAAGGAGAAUUUGUUCUGCAAAAAGCUUUUGACAAAAAUGAAGAAGAAGAUGAAUUUGGAUUUAAGUAAACUGUGGUUAUAAAUCAUUUAAAAAAAGAGGGAGCAGCCAAAAAGAAGCAAAUUCCACUUGCAGUUUUAGUUUAAAAUGAAAUGUUUGGUGAGGAAGAUAUUAUGAACAAACAAAAAAAUAGAACAUACAGUGCCUUGUGCUAGUCUGCCAAAGGAGAAUGCAUAGUAGUUAAAAAAAGAGAUUUUGAAUUAAGAAUAUUAUCAGAAGAAGGUGCGAGAUAAUAUUUAGAGACAAGACUUGUUUAGAAGAAUAAAUACAUGCAAGACAAAAUAUAAAAAAUAAAAGGUUCGAUUGCAGAUUAUUAAAAUUAUUUGUACGAUGAUAGAGCAGAGUAAAAGCACAAGCAGUAGAUUCAUAUUGCAAUUAAUAAAAUUGAGUCACCAACAAAAAAAAAUUAACAUUCUUCUAUAUUUGAUUUCUCUGCUUCCAUGAAUGAUAAUGAGAAUUAAUCUCCAAGCAUCAUUAGAAAAAAAGAAAAUCUCACUCCGACUAAAAUGUAAUCUAGCUUAAUGCAAAGUACUUCUAAUUUGAAUGCCUUAAAUAGUACUUCCAUUGAGGAAAAAAAUUCUUUGAUAAAACUUGGUUCUACAAUUUACAAAACAAAAACAAUAAUCGAGCUAGACAAAAUAGAAUAAUAAUAAUACAAGGAAAUGACUUUGAAAAAAAGCUCUUCUAUUGUUGAAUCAUAGACUCCAUGGAGAGAUUAAAUUGCUAGUUAAAAGAAUAUUAAUGAAACUUUUAAAAAUCUUUUUAGCUUUUCUGGGUAAGAAGAUGAGCAAUCUCAGUAAAAGAAUUUACUUUAAGUACCUUCUUCAUAAUUUAAAAGAAAAUCUAAAAUGUCUUAAACUGUUUUAAUCUCAAACUCUUCAAAUAAUUUAGAUGGAGGACUUUCUCCUAUCUAAAAAAGAAUAAUUGAAGAUGAGUGCACAUCACCUAUAAUAAUAAGAAGACAACUAUCGUAAAUACAUACUCCAAUAAGUUAAUAUUCAACUCCAAACACUAUGUUAAAUAGUUAGUAAAGGAAUUAUAAGGGGAUUCAAAUACCUCAUAUAGAUACAUUCAGCUCUUAAAUAAAAAGACUUAAUACCUUUUAACCAUAAACUCAGUAAUAAUAAUAAAAUGCUCAAAUGGAUUUAAUACAAGAUUAAAGGGAAUAAAUAUAAUAAUAAGAAGAAUAGCAACCAUUUUUGAUAAAAAAUUUUGAAAGAAGCAAUAGUAUGCUAUCAAGUUCUCCUUUGUUGAAAUAAAAAUAUGAGUAGAUUAUUAAGUAAAAGGAAUAACUUAAGAAGCAUCAAGAAGAAUAAUAACAAAAUAUUAUUUAAUAAAGCUCAAUUUUGUAAAAUUCGUUAAAUUAUUCUCAAAAUAUUCUAUCAUGUAAUAAGAGUAGUUUAGAUAAAAACACUUCUUAGUAAGAUAAAUAACAUUAGCUGCUUACUUAAUAAAUAAAAAGCUAAUUAUAAUAAUAGACUAGUUAAGAAUACACUGAUAGUUUAAAUUCAACAAAGCAUGGAGGUCUAAUUAAGCUUCGCAAGAGCUAAGAUAACAUUUAGGUUCAUUUUGAAGAGGAUGUUGAAGAAGAAGGGUAAGAAUCUAUAUCACAAAAUACCAAUUGCAGCUUACAGUUGUCUAGAACUAAAAGCUAGCCAAAAUCUCCUUGCUUAUCUUAAAAAGCAUCUCAUAUCUACAACAAUUCCAAAAAAGUAGAAUAAGAAGUUGAGAUGAAUUAAUUGGAUAAAUAUGCACCAAAAAUAAAUUUAUUCAUUGAAGAAUAAGAAAAUAAUGAAGCAUAGCUAGUAAGAAAGGUAGAUAGUUUUUGUGAAAUUAUGGAUGAUACAACUUCUUUAAAACAAACAAGCGAUGAAAAUAACAAAUCUCUUUCAAAUUUAAACUCUAGAAAGAGCAGUAACUCACAAUUGAAGAAAGAUUUUAGAUCGUUCGAGCAACCUUUGAUUAAAUAAAGUUCUACAUAAAGCUAAACUUUGCAACAAAAAGACAUAUCAUAAGACAUUAUUAGCUUUGAGGAAUAAAAUUCACCUACAAGAAGCAAGAAGUUAAAUUUAAAAAUAAAGCAAAUCACUCACAAAACCUAAGAAUAACUUUAAGACAAAAUACAAAAUUUAGAAAACUAAUUUAGUAAAAUUACUAAUUAAGAGCCAGAUAUGCAGCAAGAAUAAACCACAACUGCAAAUAAAGAAAGUUAAAAUUAAGAAUAAUAGAAUGAGCCAUAAUAAGCAACUUCUAAUUACAAAUAAACAGAAUAUUCGACUUCAGAAUUUUGUUAAAUUUUAAAAUAAAGCUAACCUGUAGUCAAUUAAAAGAUAAUUUUUAAUUCUUAAUUUUCUCCUAUGAAAGGAAGAAGAAAUGAGCAUUAACCAUACAAAUUUGAGUAGUACAAAGACCAAUAAUACUAUUUUAAAAAGAGAUAAAAUAAAAAUGACAAUUUUACUACAGGAUUUCACAGUUCUUUAAUUGAUUUGGAUAGCAAAAUAUAAAUUGAUGGAGCUUCUCCUAUUAAAUAGAGAAUUUUAAAAGAAGGUAUACAAGCAUUAUCAUAAUCUCCAUCCUAAAUUUCAAGAAAUAAUAAAUAAAUAACAAAUUACUAAAAAGCUAUAUUUUAAAGGCAAAGAGUUUACAAUAAAAGCUGUGAAAAUUUAAAAACUGAUCAAGUAAUGGCAGCAGUUGGAAUAUUUGCAAAUUAGACUGUUAGAACUCAUGUUGAUUCUUAAUCCCCCUCACUAUCUCCAUAAAAUGAUAUGAGGGAUUUCAGAUCAACUAGGAUUAGCUAAUCCCAACCUUUCUUAUUAAAUCUAAAGAGUGGUGAGUAGGAUUCUUCUGUAAAAUAGUAGCAGUAAUAAUAGUUUAAUUUUUAAAUAUAGUAAAAAAAUAUGUAAAAUCCUCAACAAAUUAAUAGCAAAUUGCAUUUAUUUAAGUAGAAAAUAGAAAAUACUGUUUAAAAUACUGCAUUCAAUAAUUUGAUACCAUAAUAAAAACACUUGAUUUUCUUUGAAAAUAAUAUUCCAAUAACAGAUUUGCAAAAGUAAAAAAGAUAUUCUGCCAUUCGUGUGUAUAAUAAAAGUGAAUAAAAAAUAAAUAGCUGUUAGGAUUUAAAUAAUUAAGAUCAAGUUCAAAAUAGUGGUUCAAAUGAAAAGUAGCUACCUCCUAGUCUGAAUAACAACUUACAAGUUAUCUAAAAGAUUGAAAAUCAUCAAUAAUACAUAAAAUAAAUAUGGUUCCCAACAUCAAGCAACUCAGGAUCUUUAACAUCAACAUAAAAAUAGCAGAAUUUUAGAUAAAAAAUGAAACAGAAAGUAUCGUCUAAUUAAAACAUUUCAAAAUCAAGUAUUAAUAACCCUUAUUCAAAUCUCUAGCUUAUCCAACAACAUUAACAAUUACACAAAUAUUUUAAUAAGCAUUCAGAGCUACUUAAAAAAGUUCCUCAUAUUUAAAAAGAAAAUCCUUCAACAAGCAAUAAAGUUUCCAGUUCAAUUUAAUUUUGA